AAUUCAAGGUGAACAAAGGACAUGUUGUUUGGAAGGCUGAUGCUCUGGUUAAAGAGUCAAGGAAAUCUUUUUCUUCUAAAUUAUUUAUUCUUUAGAGCAAUUGAGUGAAGUAUGAUUUUAUGAUGAAAUUUAUCUUUCUCUCCAAGUUCUCCAAAAUUUGGAAACCAUGUUUCUAUUGGCAAUAACAUGUGCAUAUGUAUCCAAAACACUAUCUGGAUCUUAUAUGAAUUCCAUGCUCACACAAAUAGAGAGACAAUUCAACAUCCCAACAUCUCUAGUUGGAUUCAUUAAUGGAAGCUUUGAGAUUGGAAAUCUUUUGUUGAUCAUAUUUGUGAGUUAUUUUGGAACCAAACUGCACAGACCUAUAAUGAUUGGCACUGGAUGUGUGGUUAUGGGGUUAGGCUGUUUCUUAAAAUCACUACCUCAUUUCCUCAUGAACCGAUAUGAAUAUGAAUCUACAGUUUCAGUUUCAGGCAACUUGUCCUCAGGCAGUUUCUUGUGUAUGGAAAAUGGAACCCAGAUUUUAAGACCAACACAAGAUCCAUCAGAGUGUACAAAGGAAGUUAAAUCAUUAAUGUGGGUGUAUGUCCUGGUAGGAAAUAUUGUACGUGGAAUGGGCGAAACUCCCAUCAUGCCUUUGGGUAUUUCCUAUAUAGAAGAUUUUGCCAAAUCUGAAAAUUCUCCUUUAUAUAUUGGGUUUGUAGAAACAGGAGCUAUUAUUGGUCCUUUGAUUGGACUUUUGCUGGCAUCAUUCUGUGCAAAUGUUUAUGUUGACACUGGAUCUGUGAACACAGAUGAUCUGACCAUAACUCCUAUUGAUACUCGUUGGGUUGGUGCAUGGUGGUUUGGCUUUCUGAUUUGUGCAGGAGUUAAUGUGCUCACUGCCAUUCCCUUUUUCUUUUUGCCCAAAACACUUCCAAAGGAAGGACAGGAGGAUAAUGCUGACAUAAUUAAAAAUGAAAAUGAAGAGAAACAAAGAGAAGAGUUCAAGAAGGAAAAAAAUGGAAUCACUAAAGAUUUUUUACCAUUCAUGAAAAGUCUUUCCUGCAAUCCAGUUUAUAUGCUUUUCAUACUUAUAAGUGUGAUACAGUUUAAUGCUUUUGUUAACAUGAUCUCCUUCAUGCCUAAAUACCUGGAACAGCAAUAUGGAAAAUCAUCUUCGGAUGCGAUCUUUCUAAUGGGUGUUUAUAACUUACCUCCAAUAUGCAUUGGAUAUAUAGUUGGUGGCUUAAUUAUGAAGAAGUUCAAGAUUACUGUCAAACAAGCUGCCCACAUAGGAUGUUGGUUAUCCUUACUUGAUUAUCUUCUCUAUUUUUUAUCUUUUCUCAUGACUUGUGAAAACUCUUCAGUUGUUGGAAUAAAUACCUCUUAUGAAGGAAUUCAAAAAGAUUUAUAUGUGCAAAAUAACAUUUUUGCUAAUUGCAAUGUGGAUUGCAACUGUCCAACUAAAAUAUGGGAUCCUGUGUGUGGAAACAAUGGCUUGUCUUACCUGUCGGCUUGUCUUGCUGGUUGUGAGACAUCCAUUGGAGCGGGAAUAAACAUGGUGUUCCAAAAUUGCAGCUGUAUUCAAACAUCAGGAAAUUCAUCUGCAGUUCUUGGGCUGUGUGACAAAGGACCUGACUGUUACACGAUGCUCCAGUACUUCCUAAUCUUGUCAGCAACAAGCAGUUUCAUUUAUUCUUUGGCUGCCAUACCUGGAUACAUGGUUCUCUUGAGGUGUAUCAAGUCUGAAGAGAAGUCUCUCGGUGUGGGAUUGCAUACAUUUUGCACAAGAGUAUUUGCUGGCAUUCCUGCACCUAUAUAUUUUGGUGUUUUAAUGGACUCCACAUGUUUACACUGGGGAACUUUGAAAUGUGGUGAGUCAGGGGCAUGCAGAGUAUAUGAUUCUGCCACCUUCAGAUACAUCUACCUUGGAUUGCCGGCAGCACUACGAGGAUCAAGCUUUAUUCCAGGAUUAAUCAUCCUAAUUCUUUUGAGGAAGUGUCAUCUACCUGGUGAAAAUGCCUCUUCAGGAACUGAGCUUAUAGAGACAAAAGUCAAAGGGAAAGAAAAUGAGUGCAAAGAUAUAUACCAAAAGUCCAUGAUUUUGAAUGAUGAUGAAUUGAAAACUAAAUUGUAAUUGCUCUAUUAUAUUACUUUUUUCAGAAUUGGAGAACAUGCUGUACAACUUAAUUGUUUUAAAAAUCGUAGAGGUACUAUAGGUAACUUUUUCUUGUCUUUAAGAACCUCAAAAAAUUUCUUAACUCAAAAUAAUAACAUAUUCGCUAAUGAUAUUUCUAAGGUAUCAAUGACACUUGAGUUUUCUUAGGAGGAACAUCUAGAACAACUCCCUAAAGAAGAUUCUUACAGCCAGCUUUAUUUUUAUGUUGAAACAGCAAUUUCUCUUAAUUCAUGCAAAGUAAGGGUGUACUUCCUACAUCUUUUCCAAAUAGUUCCAAAAAUUUUCUCUUAUGAAAACCUGUUUAAUUCCAUUGAAUCUGUGCUUUGAUAUUGGAAUUAUUCAGAUGCUUAAAUUCUUGUUCUGCUUAUGUCAAGAUUUAACUAUUUUAUUCAAGUUUAUCAUUUCCAUUUGAGAGAAGCCUACAUCUUCUUAUUCUAUUUAGAAAUUGUUCUUUAACUCUUCUCAUUCAUUCUAGACAUGACCCAUAUAAUAGAUUACUCAUAAAUAUACCCUCCUGCUUUCAAUUUUUUUCUCUUCUUUAUUACCCAUGUUAUACAUUUGCUCAAUUUGUACAGAGUACUGACAAACUUAAUCAGGUUAUUAAAAAUCAUGAGGCAAAGAUUGUUGGAUUUUUUCAGCAAUUCAAACCUGGGGACUAAAAUCUUUCUUAAAAACAAGUGUCUGAAUCAAAGG